AUUUCAAAUCUUCAAAACCAACGGCCAUAUAACAAAAAAAAUCCCCCCAAUCUCAAAAUCAAAUCUUUUCUGCCAGAUGUGUAGCAUUUGAAAUAACAAUGGUGGUUGUAAAGGGUUUGAGUACGUUGAAGACUAGGGUUUCAGGGGAGCGAGAGACCAAGAAGAUCGGUGCAGUCAGAAGUUUGAAGGUGUAUACGGACGAUGAGAAGUUAAAGAUUCGGAAUGGGGAACGUGUUGUGGGUGAAACAAAGAAAUCUAUUCAAGUUAAAGCUGAAACCGGUCUCAUUAAUGCCAAUUGUCAAAAGGAGGCCCUCAACAAAUUGGAGAUGAUUAAAAGGAAAAACAUUAGCUCUGUUCAAACUAACGUUGGAAGAAAAGUGUUGGCGGAUAUUAGCAAUGUUCGGGGCGUUUUUCAGAAGAAUGACACUUUCAAUGGCUCCAGACCUGGGAAAGGUAGCAUGCAAAGGAUGACAAAUUUAACACGGGCCUCAGUUGGUACGAGAGUAAGUAAUACAACUUCUUCGUCAGGCAAGGACCUGAAGGUCUUCAAUGAUGUGAAAAGGAACUUUCCAAGGAAUAAUCAACCUUCUCAAAGGCAAUCUUUUCCAGUUCCGAAGAAUGUUGACAAGAGAAAUUUGGAAUAUAAAGUGAAGAACAAAGUGUAUAGCUUUUCUGUUAAACCUAAAGUUGGCACUACAGUUAUACCUCAAGUAAGCAAUGUCCGGGACUACCGUUGGAGGAACAGAGCUAGUGAUGGAUCAAUACAAAUGUUGUCAGAAGCCCAGCCAAUAGGAGAUGCAAAAAGAUUGUCUAAGAUAUCAAUGAAGCCAACCAUUAAAACUACCAUCAGUAUUCCCAGAGCUCAAAGGGCAUCAAGAAGCACCUCAGUUUUUACCAAACCAUCAUCUGCGAAUUCUGUUUUGUCCAAGAAGGAGGCAACAUCAAGAUCAUCGGCUAAUAAGCAUACUGAAUCUAUUUCUUGUGAGCAAAACUUAGAAGUAGGUACAUCAAAUAUCACUGCUAAAGGGAAGAAAUCUGGUCGGCGAAGAUCCUACACAUCAUUGCUAAUUGAAAGUACAAAGCUGUUUAAGGAUCAUGGGAAUUUCAUGAACGAGGAGAUCUUGCCUGAGAUUUAUGAUGAUUGCAAUCAACUUGAAGUUGCAGAGUAUGUUGAUGAGAUCUAUCAACAUUAUUGGGUUACAGAAGCACAUAAUCCAUCACUGAAAAACUAUAUGAAGAUCCAGACAGACAUCACUCCUCAAAUGAGGAGCAUACUGAUCAAUUGGCUCAUAGAAGUACAUUUGAAGUUUGAUCUAAUGCAAGAGACGCUUUAUCUGAUGGUCACACUAUUAGACUAUUACUUGUCCGCUGUUACUUGUAAGAGAAGUGAAAUGCAGUUAGUUGGUCUCACAUCUUUAUUGCUAGCGUCAAAAUAUGAGGACUUUUGGCAUCCAAAGGUUAUGCAAUUGAUUGGCAUCUCGGCAGAGUUAUACACGAGAGAUCAAAUGCUUGAAAUGGAGACAACGAUUUUACAGAAGCUGAACUUUCGUCUUAAUUUGCCUACACCUUAUGUUUUCAUGUUACGAUUUCUUAAAGCAGCUCAGGAGGGCAAAAAGUUUGAAAACCUAGCAUUCUACCUCAUUGAGCUGUGUUUGGUAGAAUAUGAAGCUUUAAAUUUCAAGCCAUCACUGCUAUGCGCGUCAGCUAUAUAUGUUGCUAGAUGUACUAUUCAUUUGUCUCCAUCAUGGACUCCACUCCUAUGCAGGCAUUCUCACUAUCAAGAAUUUCAAUUAAGGGAUUGUGCUGAGAUGAUCUUAAGAUUGCACCAGGCCGCAAGAAAAUCAGUGUUAAGAGUCACUUAUGACAAGUUCAUGAGCACUGAUAACUGCAAAGUUGCGUCUAUUAAACAUCUGGACAAGCUUCCGCCUCUAUAGUCUUUUUUAACCAAGCAACCUGGUAACAUCUAAUUGAUUAUAGAACCAACACGUAGUUGGGGUAGAACGGUGAAACUUACAGCCGGCUUCUUAAAAACCGAGUGUUUAGAUGCACCUUUGAAUAUGUUGACUGUAUGGUAGUGAUUUAGAUGAUCAAGUGUUGUACUUUAACUAAACCUGUAAUAGAAGAAUUGGUGCAUAUUGAAUA